AUGCUAAAAUUCGAUGUAUGCGAGAGCGGGCUCGUCCCACGUUGCUAUGGGUAUAUUGAUCGUCUCGAUCCAUCCUCCUUUCGUCCACACCUCGACCAUUUCCUAGCCAAUGAAAUGCGCCCGAGGGCCAUUAUACUCGAGUACCUAGAAGGUGCCGAAGAAUUGAACUGUGUCAACUAUUCCGAAGAGCGUCUAAAAUUGGCCACCCAAGGGAUGAAGGAAAUCCAUCGCGCUCUUAUCAAUCACUACGACGUUUAUCCAAAAAACAUCCUUAUUGUACCUACUCAACCGGAGCGGGUCGUGUGGAUAGAUUUUGAUGUUGCAAUGUCCUUCGAGACACAAGAUUCGAUGGGACAGAAAGGGCAGUUAGAGUGUGAGCAUGAAGCUAAGCUGCUUGCUAGCUUUGCAGAAAUGCUUCACGAGGACCAAAAGCAGGGUUUGCCUCCGAAUACGAAAUUCUAUUAA